AUGGACCAGUCCACCAACAACUUAUCAAAUUCGUUGUGGAGGCCAGUUAUACAUUUGUCCUUCGCCACAUCCCCUAGCGAGGAGUUCCACAGAUCAACUGUGCGUUGCGUGACAAAAUACUUCCUUUCUUUUGUUCGGAAACUGCUGCCUAUUCGUUUUGUUUGCCGACCCCUAGCUUUCAUGACUCCUGGGUUCUACUCAGCUGCCUCACCCAGUUUCUCUCUCCCCCCGACAGCUGCUCUCCAGGCGACACGAGCGCUCAUGGUGGUCUCCAUCGUGAUGGGCAUCAUUGGCAUUGGUGUCGCCUCCAUGGGCAUGAAAUGCACCCGCUGCGGGGGGGACAACAAGGUGCAGAAGGCGCGCAUCGCCAUGACCGGGGGGCUCAUCUUCGUGGUGGGAGGUUUAGCGUCGCUGAUUGCCUGUUCCUGGUAUGGAAACCAGAUUGUGCGAGAUUUCUAUGACAUCAUGGUACCUGUGAACACCAAGUAUGAAUUUGGAUCGGCGAUCUUUAUCGGCUGGGCUGGGUCUGCCCUGGUGCUGCUGGGCGGGGGUCUCCUCUCCUGUUCCUGCCCUGGGAAAUCAGGGUACAACCAGCAGUACCCCAAAAGCAAAGCCACUUCCCGGACCCCCACCAACAAGGAAUACGUCUAGCACCUUGAUUUGAUGCCAGCUGUCCGGCCCGUACCCCUUUCCGCAGUCGAUAUCCUGGAGCCUGCGAAGGGGUUAACUCCUUGCAUUGUGGGGUGGUGGGGUACCCCCACUUAGGAAUAUCAGGGUGCUCCUGAACGCUGCACAGAUGUUUUUAAAAGCACUCAUGACCAUUGAGAUUUUUUUAACCUUCCCACAUUUUUGGGGUAUAGGAAGGAUUUUUGGGGCACAGGGAGGAUUUUUGGGGGUGCUGUGUACUUGGGGGAGGGUUAACUGAUUAAGGGGGUGCCCCUAAAUUCUGUUCAGCAUAGCUGAUUGGGAGGAGAGGGUGGGUUUUCAUUUUAUGAGCGGGGAGCACCCCAAAACAGGAUAUACCUGUAUAAAGGGGUGUGUAUGUUGCCAUACGUUGGAGAAACCCACUCAGAUUUUCUUCCUUUUUAGCCGGGGUUAAACCUCAAUAUAACUGACCUGAUCUGUCUCUGAACGGGGGGGAUCCCCACCCUGGAAAUCUUACCAUCUGUCCUUAAAAUCCCCCCCCCUUUAAGAAUCUCUCCCCAUCAUCGCUAUGGUGGAAUUGUAUUUUAUUUUUAUUGCAAGGGGGGGGAGUUUAAUGGGGGGGAUGGCCAAUGUCUUUAUUUAAAAGCACUCCCGCUCGUUAGGGGUUUUUAACGAAUGAUCUGUGCGUGGCUGAGAUUCAUGUGGUCUUUGUCCUCUUUUGUACAGAAAUUAAAAACUGUGUGUUUUGGAAAA